AAGUUGUAAAAAGCAUAUUUACGCGUGUUUUUUACCAAUCACUCAAUGCUCAUACAUUUAUAAGUAUCAGGAGUUAUAGUACAUGUAUAAAUGCAUUCUACCUACUGCUCCACAGUCACCAAUGGCGACUGAAACCCGCUUUGUUAGUUACUUCUGAUUUGUUUUUGAUCUAGCUUAGGCUACUUAGCUGGUUGUUGAAGGGUGAAUUUAUGCUAAAUAGUUUAAUACGUGAUCAUUCAUUAGAGCUUUGAUCUCUUGUUUCCACUGACUAUUUACUAGAAGACUCAUACAUGGUGGUUGAUGCAACAACAACAACCAUUUCUAUCACAAGAAACAGAAAAAAAAGUUUAAUUAUGACUUAAUUAUGUAGCUUGUAGGUUUGUCAGGCAAUUGCAUUGUUACGUAAUAAUACAGUUAAAUUGGUAUUUAACGAAUGUUGUUUUAUGUACAGAUCCUGCAGAACAGUUUCAAAUCACCAAUGGCUUGGGCACUUUAUGUGAAUGGGAUACCAAUGGGUCCACAAUAUUGUAACAUCACAUUCUUACUGAAUCUAGUAACUCAUUAUGCCAUUUUGAAAAAGAGGGUAUAACUGUUAGCUUUAAAGAUAAUGUUGGUCUUAUCACCAAGUUUAUUAAAACAUCUAACUUCCUUCUACGUUGCAGCCAACUCAAAAUGACACUGGUUCAUACACAUUGACAGUGACAUCAUCAACUUUUACUCCUGUCAUCUUCCCAUUCACAAUUCUUGUUUCAAAUCCUAUUGUAGUUCCUAUAGAUAACACAGCUACUAUUGUUGGGGCAGUUCUUGGUUCAAUAAUUGCGAUUCUUCUGAUCAUAAACACAUUUGUAAUAUAAUAGUUUAUCCAAGUGUAUAUAUUACAGAUUAUGUGGAGUUGAACCGAUCAAGCGCAACCAGCCAACCUAUUGUGAGAUUUCAACAAGUUAUGAAAAUCUGAAGAACAAUGUCAAUGUAACAAGAGUUAAAGUGUAGAUUUUGUACACAAUUAAAAUGAGUAUCCAAACAAUAAUGCUGAUGAUAUUUGGAGGCUUGGUUGCUACAGGUGAUGUCAUCAAUCUACCAGCACCUGGUAACACUGCAACAAGAGCAAUUGGUAUAACCAACCUUAAGAUAUCAACAACAAUAUCAACAACAAUCUAUGAUACAUGUGUAUGGACUUAUGGAAUCAAACUGCAGACCUUUUAUAGCAAAAACUUUGGUCCUUGCUUGACACCUAGCAAUGCUGAAGUAGCAGUUACUUGUACUGACAGUGGUGGGACUGUGACAUCACAACUACGAUUCAUUCAAGCUAUCAAUGCUAGUUUCAACGUAACUGUUGACUGCGACACAACAACAGUUUCAUUUCUUACUGUGAUUAUACAAGCAUGUUCAUCUCCAACACCCAACAAUGUUCCAGUCAACCCAUCAAGUGGUGUCUACAACGAUCAAGCUAACUUCCAGUGUUCUCAUGGUUCAACUUUAUUUAACAUGGAUGGAACAACUGGAAACACUGCAACCAAAUGCCUUGCUACAGCAGAGUGGGAGAAUGAAAAUAUAGUUCAAUGUUGGUCAGCACCAACUGCUACAUUGAUUGGUAACAAUACCAUUUGUGCUGGAAACUUUGCUACAUUCCAAUGUACUGCAUCUGUGGGUGUCCCUUCUUUGGAUAGAGUUGAAAUUUAUUUCAAUAAUCAAAAUCAAACGUUGGUUGGAAACACAUGGACAAGCAAUCCACUGAGUAGUUCAAACAAUGGAGAUAUAGUGGAAUGUAGAGCUAUAAAUAGCUACACUGCCAUGCAGGAAUAUACAAACUUGGGAAGAGACAGCAAGACAUUGAUUAUACACUAUGCAGCUGAAGGAUUUGCAGUGAAUGAUGUCACAACCAGCCACAAGUAACAUAUGUACAUGGUAUAUUGCCCCACCUGGUCCAAGAUCAUGUACCAUCACAUUCUCACUUAACCCAACUACUUAUACAACCACUUUAACAAAGGAUGGUAAGUCUCCCAUCAGUGUUCUAUUUUUUUUUCAAUUUCUGCCGACCGCAAAUUAUGACGUCACGUAUUUCCGCGAAAAUUACGACUUUCGUAAAUACUGUGUGCAUUCGUACGAUGGUUCGCUGACAUAAUCACUAAUCAGUGAUUCAGCUAAUCAGUU